AUGCAACCUUUGCAUUUUGCAGCCACGGUAGGGCACCUGGCAAUCUUGAAAAGACUGGUUUCCGUACCUCAAAUCGACACCGGUGCUUUAGACGCCCUCGGACAUGGUGCAUUCUACUACUCCUUUGUAAAAGGGUAUGAAAUAAUGUCCCGAUUAUUAUGCGGUCGCGAAGACGUAUAUCUCAAUUCCCGAGAUCGUUACGCGCAAACACCGCUCCAUCAUGCCUCCGAAAAUGGGCAUUCAGGAAUAGUGAAGCUCCUUUUGAGGUUGCGGGCAGUUGAAGUAAACGCUCGAGAUCAUGACGAGCAGACGCCUCUCAUGUUGGCAGUUAACCAGGGAGAUUCGAAUACAGGAGAGCUUCUCCUGAAAUGUCCCGGAGUCGAUGCCAAUGUGAAAACCAAGGGCGGAUGGACGACAUUCAUGGAUGGUAUGCUGCAUUACAAGGGGCACGAGGGAGUGGGGAAGACUCUCUUGCGACAUCCCGGAUUUGAUGCCAAUGGGCAAACCGAGCUUGGAUGGACGGCACUCAUACAUGCUGCAUCAAAUGGGCACGAGGAAGUGGUAGAUAUCCUCUUACAAGCUCCGAGGACCGAUCUCUCGGCGACUGGCAAAGACUGGAUGGGAAAUGCGCAUCUUACUGCUGUCGGUCAUGCGCACGCGGGAGGCCACGAGAAUGUUGCCGAGAAGUUGGACAAGGCGAUGCCAAGGCAGCGUUCUUUGAAUCUUCCAGGCUGA